AUGAACAAACAAAAUCUAACAGUGCUAACAGAGUUCAUCCUAAUGGGACUCGCAGACCGUCCUGAGCUGCAGGCUCCCUUCUUUGGGCUCUUCCUCAUCAUCUACACAGUCUCAGUGGUGGGCAACCUGGGUGUGAUCACCCUCACCAAGGUGGACCCCAGACUCCAAACACCCAUGUACUUCUUCCUCAGACACCUGGCUUUCACUGAUCUUGGUUAUUCAACAACAAUCCCCUAUAACUGGUGUGCUACACAGCUGGCUAACCAAAAUACAAUCCCCUAUAACUGGUGUGCUACACAGCUGGCUUUCUUCAUCUUGUUCAUCAUCAGUGAGCUUUUCAUCCUGUCGGCAAUGGCCUAUGACCGCUAUGUGGCCAUCUGUAACCCUCUGCUCUACACGAUUGUUAUGUCACAGAGGGUGUGCUGGGUGCUGGUAGCAGUCCCUUAUGUCUACAGUGCUUUUCUCUCUGUGAUAAUUACCAUAAAGAUUUUUAUGUCAUCCUUCUGUGGCCAUAAUGUCAUUAGACAUUUUUACUGUGACAAUCUUCCCUUGUUAACUUUGCUGUGCUCAAGUUCACGUGACAUUGAGUUGAUCAUACUGAUCUUUUCAACAUUCAAUUUGAUUUCCUCCCUUGUGAUAGUGCUUGUGUCCUACAUCUUGAUCCUAAUGGCAAUCCUCAGGAUGAAUUCUGCAGAGGGCAGAGACAAGGCCUUCUCCACCUGUGGAUCCCACCUGACAGUGGUCAUUGUGUUAUACGCAACACUAUUCUUCAUGUACGUGCAGCCCAAAUCCAAUCAUUCCUUUGAUACUGAUAAAAUUGCUUCUGUAUUUUACACUUUGAUAAUCCCUAUGCUGAAUCCCAUGAUCUACAGCUUGAGGAACAAAGAGGUAAAAGGUGCCCUGCAUAGAAUAUGGGAAAACCUACACAAACUGCCUAUGUAG